GGCAUCCUUCCAGCUCCGCGGGCACGGAGCGGAGGUGCACGCCGGCGGGGCUGAGCACGUGCGGGAUCUGGAGCGGCGGUCGAGCGGCAGCCUGCCCCCUCCACACCCUUUCUCACCUCCUCCUUCCGCCGCCCGCCCGUCUCUCUCUCGCUCCCUCCCCUGCCCGCCCCGCCGCUGUCACUGCGUGUGCUGCUGCGCCGGUGCCCGCAGCUGAGGCGAGGGGCGCGGGCGGAGCGCGGGCCCAUGCGCUAGGCGCCGCGGCCGGCCGGCGGGCAGGAGCAGCAUGCGGGCGCCGCGGGGCGCGGGGGCGGGCGGCCGGAGCUGCCCCCGCCGCGGCUGCUGCUGCUGCUGCGGCACCGCGGCCGCCCUCGGGACCUGCCUCCUGCUGCUGUGCGGGGCGCUGCUGUGCGGGGCCAGCGCCGGCAAUGAAGUGAAUUUAUUGGACUCACGCACAGAUAUGGGGGAUCUAGGAUGGAUAGCCUACCCGAAAAAUGGGUGGGAAGAAAUUGGUGAGGUGGAUGAAAAUUUUGCUCCAAUACACACAUACCAAGUGUGCAAUGUCAUGGAACAGAACCAGAACAACUGGCUUCUGACUAGCUGGAUCUCCAAUGAAGGGGCUUCCCGGAUUUUCAUUGAGCUCAAGUUUACUCUGAGGGACUGUAACAGUCUUCCUGGAGGCCUUGGGACUUGCAAAGAGACUUUUAACAUGUACUACUUUGAAUCGGAUAAUGAAGAUGGGAGGAACAUCAGAGAAAAUCAGUACAUCAAGAUCGAUACUAUUGCUGCUGAUGAGAGCUUCACUGAGCUAGAUCUUGGAGACCGAGUUAUGAAGCUGAACACAGAAGUGAGAGAUGUUGGUCCUCUCACCAAAAAGGGAUUUUACCUGGCUUUCCAGGAUGUGGGGGCCUGCAUAGCCCUUGUUUCUGUGCGAGUGUACUACAAGAAAUGCCCUUCAGUUAUUCGCAACCUGGCCCUCUUUCCUGAUACCAUCACUGGAGCAGAUUCCUCCCAGCUGUUGGAAGUGUCAGGCUCUUGCGUAAACCACUCUGUGACUGAUGAGCCUCCCAAGAUGCACUGCAGUGCAGAGGGGGAAUGGCUGGUGCCAAUUGGAAAAUGCAUGUGCAAGGCAGGUUAUGAAGAGAAGAACAAUACGUGUCAAGUCUGCAGACCUGGGUUUUUCAAGGCUUCUCCCCACAGUCCAUCUUGCAGCAAGUGUCCCCCACACAGCUACACACUGGAGGAAGCCUCUACCUCCUGCCUAUGUGAAGAACACUAUUUCAGAAGGGAAUCAGACCCACCUACAAUGGCCUGUACAAGGCCCCCCUCAGCUCCUCGGAAUGCCAUCUCAAAUGUUAACGAGACUAGUGUCUUUCUGGAAUGGAUUCCUCCUGCUGAUACUGGUGGAAGGAAAGAUGUGUCUUAUUAUAUUGCAUGCAAGAAGUGCCACUCACACUCAGAUCUGUGUGAGGCGUGUGGCAGUCAUGUCAGGUACCUCCCACAGCAAACCAGCCUGAAAAACACCUCUGUCAUGAUGGUGGACCUGCUUGCCCAUACAAACUAUACCUUUGAAAUUGAGGCAGUGAAUGGAGUGUCCGACCAGAAUCCCGGAGCACGACAGUAUGUGUCUGUAAAUGUAACCACAAAUCAGGCAGCACCGUCUCCAAUCAGUAGUGUGAAAAAAAGCAAGAUUACUAAAAAUAGCAUCUCCCUUUCCUGGCAGGAGCCAGAUCGACCCAACGGCAUCAUCCUGGAGUAUGAAAUCAAAUAUUUUGAAAAGGACCAAGAGACCAGCUACACCAUUAUCAAAUCAAAAGAGACAACAGUCACGGCAGAUGGCUUGAAGCCAGGUUCAGCAUAUAUCUUCCAAAUCCGAGCGCGUACGGCAGCAGGGUAUGGUGGCUUCAGUCGAAGAUUUGAGAUUGAAACCAUCCCAGUGUCAGUAGCUGCAUCCAGCGAUCAGAGCCAGAUUCCUAUAAUUACUUUGUCUCUAACAGUGGGAGUUAUUCUUCUGGCCGUUGUUGUUAUUGGUUUCCUUCUCAGUGGAAGUUGCUGCGAUCAUGGCUGUGGGUGGGCUUCUUCCCUGCGUGCUGUUGCCUAUCCGAGCCUAAUAUGGCGGUGUGGAUAUAGCAAAGCUAAACAAGAUCCAGAAGAGGAAAAGAUGCACUUCCAUAAUGGCCACAUUAAAUUACCAGGAGUAAAGACUUAUAUCGACCCACAUACCUAUGAGGACCCCAAUCAAGCUGUCCAUGAAUUUGCCAAGGAGAUAGAAGCUUCAUGCAUAACAAUUGAAAGAGUUAUUGGAGCUGGUGAGUUUGGUGAAGUCUGUAGUGGACGUCUGAAGCUGCAAGGAAAACGUGAGUUUCCAGUGGCCAUCAAAACCCUCAAGGUGGGCUACACUGAGAAGCAAAGACGAGAUUUCCUGGGGGAAGCGAGCAUUAUGGGACAGUUCGACCAUCCUAACAUCAUUCACUUGGAGGGUGUUGUCACAAAAAGUAAACCAGUAAUGAUAGUAACCGAAUACAUGGAGAAUGGCUCUUUGGAUACAUUUUUGAAGAAGAAUGACGGGCAGUUCACAGUAAUUCAACUAGCUGAAAUGCUGAGGGGAAUUGCAUCUGGGAUGAAAUACCUGUCUGACAUGGGCUAUGUACACAGAGACCUUGCUGCCAGAAAUAUCCUAAUCAACAGUAACUUAGUCUGCAAAGUAUCUGACUUCGGACUGUCCAGAGUCCUAGAAGAUGACCCUGAAGCAGCCUAUACCACAAGGGGAGGCAAGAUCCCAAUCCGAUGGACUGCACCAGAAGCCAUUGCCUUUGGCAAGUUCACCUCAGCCAGCGAUGUCUGGAGCUAUGGGAUAGUGAUGUGGGAAGUCAUGUCUUAUGGAGAGAGACCUUACUGGGAGAUGACCAAUCAAGAUGUGAUUAAAGCAGUUGAGGAAGGCUAUCGUUUGCCAAGCCCCAUGGACUGCCCAGUAGCUCUUUACCAGCUAAUGCUUGACUGCUGGCAGAAAGACCGGAACAGCAGGCCCAAAUUUGAUGAAAUUGUCAGCAUGUUGGAUAAGCUCAUCCGUAACCCUAGCAGCUUGAAGACUUUGGUUAAUGCAUCAAACAGUGUGUCAAAUUUAUUAGUAGAACAUAGCCCAGUGGGAAGCAGUGCCUACAGAUCAGUAGGUGAAUGGCUGGAAGCCAUCAAAAUGGGACGAUAUACAGAGAUUUUCAUGAAAAAUGGAUACAGUUCAAUGGAUGCUGUGGCUCAGGUGACUUUAGAGGAUUUGAGGCGGCUUGGCGUGACACUUGUUGGUCACCAGAAGAAGAUAAUGAACAGCCUUCAAGAGAUGAAGGUCCAGUUGGUGAAUGGGAUGGUUCCAUUGUAACUCGGUUAUAAAGUCACUGCCUCAAGUGAACAACCCUGCACUUUGUAAACUAGCCCUGAGAUUUAUUUUAACGAAAAAAAAGGGGAGGCGGCGGGGGGGCCAGAAUCAGUGAUUUAUAUAACUGAAGGACAUUGGCCUCUGCCAUGUAAUUUAUAAUCAGUGUUUGACUAAACUUUUCCUUUCCUUCCUAUUUGUGUCUUCAUUUUCAUGAAGUAAAUAUAACGUGCAUGGAACAUGGAAAUGGAUCUACUGUUCAUGAGGUUAACCAUUUUCUUAUGCUUCAGCAACAAAAAAAGCCUUCCCACCACACUUUGUCUGUACAUGGAAUAUAUAUAGCACCUUUAUAUACUGAAAUAUGGCAGCACAUGUUAAUACUUCCAAGGACUUACUUGAAUGGAAACAUUUUAUAGCCAUUUAUGGGCUAACAAAAGCUGCAGUUUACUGAAGUUUACUUCAAGUCUUAAUUGUCUACAGAAGUGUAUUGAAGAGCAAUAUGAUUAGAUUAUUUCUUGAUAGGUAUUUUGUUUUGUAAAUUUAAAAAUGCUGUUACACAGCAUUAAGUUAUAGAGACUAGUGUAUAAACAUGUUGCUUGUUCAAUGGCAAAUACAAUACAGGGUGUAUAUUUUUUUCCCCUCUGUGUUAUAAAGUAACUUUUAGUUUGCUCUUCUGUGAAAUGAAUACAUGAUUAAUAUGUAUAUAUCCUGUACAGUUUGCUACACACCCAGGUACAAGAUUGGUUUUGGGGGUUUUCUUUUCUUUCCUUUUUUGUUUUCUUCUUUAUGCUACCCCUUUGCUUGUAUUUUUUCUGCUGUUCAGUUUUAGAAACACACAAAGCUUUUAGGAGUUUUAAUUGCAUAUAUGCAAUAGAAAGGGUGCAUUUAAACAAGAGACUAUCCUCCUAUUUUUUUCACUGUAAGACUUGAGGACAGUAAGGGGACAAUUUUCAAAAGCACAAAUAGAUGUUACACAUUAAACUCCUCAUUAGCUUUCAGUGAUAAUUUGGUACUACAUUUCUCUUUGUGCACUUGAAAAUUUACCCUUAUAACUGAUCCCUCAGUAAGAGUCUAGUCUAUGUAUAGGAUUACAUUUGCUUUGGCAUUUGAAACUUUUAGUGGUGUCUCUGACAGUCUGUUUCUUAUAGCCAUUCAUCCUGCUCGACUCACAAAUUCACUUUACUGAAGCCCUGGAAAUAUCUUUUCAAAUGAAAUGGACGCAUGGACACCAAAGAGUACAUUUCCAGCCAGUUUCAAAGAGAUUUAAUUGCUUUAGUUCAUAUUAAGGAAAUUAAAUCUUCCUGUGCAGCAUUGAGAUUUUUCCCCUGCUAAUCCUUCCUGAAUAUUUUUAUUCCAACAUUUCUAUAAAACAUGGAUAGAUAGCUAGUGCCAAAAUGACCAGUAUAUUAUAAUUAGGGCCAGAGUCUUCCUCCCAUUCUGAUCUUGUUGCUUCAUAUGGUGACUGAAAGUUAAGACCCUUAUUCAACCAGGAACUUAUGGAUAUUCCUAACUCUCUAUCCACAUUUCUAAAAUUAUGGCUAUGCUUAGUUACCUUGUUAAGUAGGAGCCUAAGACUAUAAUUACAAUCCUGAUUAGACACCCUGAUUUAAUAUGUUUUAUAUGUGGGCUGAAUGGAAAUAUUUUAUUUUUGGAGUUCUUAUGAAAAGUUCUUGAGCAGCACAGUGUUCUGAGUAUAAGCUUAUUCUGGAAGGAUUGUGAAUAACAGGAAGAAAAGCAUGGUGUGCUCUGGCCCAGUACUUCUUUCUGUGCUCAAGAAUCUGUUCUAAGUGGAGCCAACCACUGGAUCCCACAAAACUGAAUGGGAUGUAAGUGGCAUAUAGUCAUUGGGCACAUUUACAUGUGCAUUAAUGUGUUUUUUCUAAUGUGUAUUAAAUUUUGUACCUUCAAUGUGAGGUACCAAAGAAAUGUGCAUGAGGCUGCUUUAAUGCGCAGUAACAAAUGUGCACAGUUUUUAAGUGAUGCUUAAUGUGCAGUAGCCUAUUUUAUUGCACAUUGGUAUAAUCACUUGCUUUUUUACGUAAUACGUUAAUGCACAGUAAAAUAGGCUACUGCACAUUAAACUGCACAGGUAGAUGCACCCACUGUUUCUAACUUCCUCAAAGCUCUUUGAUGCAGAUUCUAAUAAAAAAAAUAUUUAAAAAAUAAAUAAGAAUUUUUUUCAGCUGUACUUAAAGGAUUGAUGAGCAUAAAUGUCUAUUGCUUUCAGCAGGAUGUUUUCUCCUAAAACUGUAAAAUUCCUUACAAACACACUUUGUGAAAUCAUUCACCUAAAACCCAUGUUCCUUCUAAAACUGCCAGUUGCUCCUCACUGAGAUAUGGGCAGGUCUUGAAAGAAAGGGGAACCUUGAACACAAAUCAGAUUUGAGCAAAAAAGAAGUAAGCAAAUCCUAUCCCCCUGCAUCCAUUUGCUCCCAGUAUGUCACCAAUAGGAAAAGUACCAAACUCAUCUAUAAAGAUGCCCCCUUUGAGCAGAGGGCUGGACUCGAUGAUCUUCCGAGGUCCCUUCCAGCCCUAAUGUCUAUGAAAUCUAUGAAAUAAAGGUGAGAAAUAAAAAAACAACCCCCCCCCCCCCCAAAACCAGUGAUGAGUUGUGCACGGAGCUUUCGUGAUGCUCAGGGAGACAGCAAAACAGAAGUGAAAGGUUUGACAAAUCUUGAUGGUGUGAUUUCCUGUCCUAUUGUUUCAUUGUUGUCAGCCAGCGGGCCACAAAGGGGAUAAAAAAAAGGAAAAGUUGAGGCGUAACAAUUUCAGCACAUAAAGGAGAUUUGUCAAAUAAUAAAUAACAUUAUUAGAUCUGUCAGUGGAACCAUUGUGGGAUUAUUUGUAUCUCCCUGCCUGCAGUACUUUGUAAAAUAAUCCUUAGAAAGACAAACAGUAGCUUGAUUCUUCUCGGAAGAAUCAUUCAAUUGCCACUUGCAUCAGUCAGUUAUACUUAGAGAGAUUUUGAUUAGCAUCUUCCACAAGUUCUCCUCUCUCUUUCCUGUCUGUUAUCUUCAGUCGCUCAUUAACAGAUGGAGUGUAUUAGAUCUCUGUGCAAAAUGUAAGGAGCAUUUUUAUGGAUUUUGAAAAUUAAAUUCUUUUGGCCAUUUGUGUUUUUCAAAUACAUAUGAAGUAGAUUUGGAUUUGUCACAUUAAAGAAAGAAUUACUUUCUUGCCAUAGAGUAAUCAAGUACCAUGUAUUAGAUGAACCUUCAGAACAUCUUUAUGAUUAACUAGUAGUAAAUGGAAAGCCCUUAAACCAGAUUUCAUGUGUAAAUAGAUGGGUGCCUCUUAAAUCUUCAAAUGAAUAAAAUCAGAUUUUAUAUUUAACUCAAGCACUUAUGUUGCUACAAGUCUGCUUAAAAUAGACCCCAAGUAAAAAAAAGGUCGCUAAAACUUUCACAAAUGGGUCCUCAGGUCAGGCACUAUUGGUCAGGCACUAUUUAGGCACCUAAAUAAUUGGACAAAUUUUCCAAAUUGCUGGGCAGCGAAGAGUCCUGGUGGCAUUAGGGAGAGAACAGCUGUGCUUUGGGAAAGCAGACAGCUUCUUGGGCACCUAAGUAUGGAUUUAGGGGCUUAACUUUAAUCUCUUAUUUUUUUUCUUUUUGCUGGACUUUUCAAAGACAGCUCUGGAACUUACCUUCUGUCUUCCCUUUUAAAACUUGAGACUCCAACCUUGGCCUAUGUACUUUAAUUUCCUCCAGCUGAGAUGGUAUGUCCUACAAAGCACAAGCAGAGAAACUUACCUUUGGAAGGUAUUUUCAUUGUAAUACAAGAAAGGGUAGCAAGUAAAAAUAUAUAGGUUAAAAUCAGGUAUUAGAGUUGGGAUAUUGUACAUAAUGUUAUGCAGUAGAAUGAGGCCACAUUAAUAUUUUUCUGAUUUUGCUCAUUCUAAACAGGGGGGAGAAGCUAAGUACUUUAGUUAGCUGUCCUUGCUAGUUGUGUGCCAGAUAUUUAAACUUAAGAAAAAAUAAAAUGUUAGCUACGUUCAAAUGGUGAUAGUCAGUAAUUAAAAUUAAGUUGUUAGCUGUACUUGGAGUUUAUGCCUAGGGUAACUCAAAGCAGCUUGCUUUUCCAGCUCAGUUAGCCAGCUAGUUACAUAGAUUACUUUUUUUCCAGUUCAUUUUGCUGCUAAUUGUAAGAAUUUUUUCCAAAGGGACUGAUAGAUACUGAUAGAUAAAACAUUAUUUUCAUGAUGCUUUUUUUUUCGGUCUGUGAAAGAACAUGUCUUUCUAAGCACAGCUUUUGUUUAGAAAGACAUCCAGGGAUUAUUGGGUUAUCAUUUGGAGAAGUGAUCUAAUCAUAAACAAAGAAGACUGAUUAAAUAAUCAGCUGUAAACUUUAUUUAUUCCUUCUAUAUGUUAACAAAAAAAUUAUGAAGGUGAAAAAGUUGUAUCUAUUCGGUGUUGAAUAUAAAAAUGUAGAGGUCCCAGUGGUCAAGAAAUUGUGAAUCCUUAGACUGCUGUAGUUUUACAAUUAGAUAUUAAGAAGUGUGUGAAAUACCUAAUAGCAGUCAGAGAGUAACAUUUAGUUUCAAAUCCUUUUUUAAUAUAUUCUUCUGAAUCCCGUAGGGCAGGCGGGUCAGGAGCUUUUGUAUUAAACACUGCCAAAAUAGGCAUUAAGCUCCAUCCCCUGCGUAAGAGUUUUAACUCAUAGAAGGCUUAGAAGGCUUAGCAGCAGCUUGCUGUAUUUAUUUCCUUUGUUUUUUUCUUUCCUUUGAUGCUCUCUGCAUUUGUUUGUGUACAUGUUUUUGUAGUGUAAGAUAUGAAAGUUUAUAUUUUUUCAUAAAAAUAAAAAUCUUUGAAUAACAGUUA